UCACAUCGCGUGGACUAUCAAGCACGCGCGGAGACAGCUCAGAAUCCGUUCACAGCCGACGGGCCGUUAUUUGUAGGUUCCUUUUACUUCCUACAUUCUGCGUGUAUUUCUCACAUCUAAACAAAAACGUGACUGUCAAUUGGUAGAAUGAAGCAGAAGAAAAAGCAGCGUAUUGUCUACAAGCAGGAUGCCGCCUCAAAGGCUGCCGAGCUGGAGGAGUUUCUGUUUGGAACGAAAGAGGAUCCCACUGCCCUUUUUGAGCGCGAAAAGGAGGAGGGCGAGGAGACCGUCGCCGAGCUCAUAAAGCAGGCCACACGCGGCGGCGGCUUGCUGCACGACUCGGACCUGUUCUUUGAGGACACGCGCGGCGAGGGUGGCAGCAGCAGCGACGGCGACAGCGAUGGCGGGCCGGGAGCUGCUGGCAGCGACGACGAGGAGGAAGCCGAUGGCAAGGCGGCGGCAGCUGGCGGCAAGGAGGGGAACGAGGAGGAGGAGGAGGAGGAGGAGGAGGCUGACGGCGUGGCGGGCAGCUCUGGGGAAGAGGAGGACGACGGGGCUGAGGAGGAGGCGGUGAAGGCGCGUGUGCGCAGCUCGGAGGGCGCUGGCACUUCUUCAGGGCGUGGCAAGCAGCCGGCGGCGACGGCAGCAGCAACCACGCAGGGCUCUAGGCCAGGCCGGCCAGGCCGUGUGGCUGUGUGGGCUGACCCGGACGACGCCACCCUCAGUGUGGACGUGGCCAAGGUGAACCGCCUGCGCAAGCUGCGCAAGGACGACAAGCAGACCACCAUGGACGGCGCCGAGUAUGAGGCGGCUCUGCGCAAGCAGCACCAGGCGCUCAACCCGCGCACCUCGUGGGCAACCCGGAAGGCGAAACAGCAGGAGCAGAAGAAGCGGCGCGGCGAGGACUCGGAGGAGGACGAGGAGGACGCGGAGGAGGCGGAGGUGGCGGCGGAGGCUGAGGCGCUGCUGGCGCGCGCCGGUGGGCUGACGGAGCGGCGGGCGGGCGGUGCCUCCCGGCGGCUGCCGGCCGGCCAGAUCGAGACGACCCGGCUGAAGGACGCCAACCAGCACGGCCCCAGCGAGGCGGUGGUGCAGGCGGUGCAGUUCCACCCCAACGGCCAGCUGCUCCUGACUGCCGGCCUGGACAAGAAGCUGCGGCUGUUCACCGCCGACGGCCUGCGCAACCCGCUGCUGCAGGCCGUGCACCUGGACGACCUGCCGGUCACCGCAGCCGCCUUCGCGCCCUGCGCCGCCAGCCCGGGCGCCGCCGCCGCCGCUGCGGACCGGGUGGUGCUGGCGGGGCGGCGGCCGUUCUUUUACGUGUUCGACAUGGGCGCCGGCCGCGUGGAGCGGGUGCUGGGGCCGGCGGGCUGCGGGCUCAAGAGCCUGGAGCACUUCGACGUGUCGCCGCCCAGCUCCUCGGCCUUUGGCUCGGAGCCGCUGGUGGCGUUCACGGGCGACGGCGGCUCCAUCCCGCUAGUCAGCCUGCGCAGCCGGCAGUGGGUGGCCUCGCUGCGCAUGAGCGGCAACGUGCGCGCGCUGGCCUUCACACACGACGGCUCGGAGCUGCUGUCCACCGGGGACGACGGCGCGGUGCACGUGUGGGACCUGCGCACGCGCCGCUGCCGCCUCGUGUUCGCGGACUCGGGCAACAUCGGCGACGCCAGCAGCCUGGCGCUCAGCGCGGACGGGCGCUGGAUUGCGACGGGCGCGGGGUCGGGUGUUGUGAAUGUGUACCGCAAGGCGGAGGUGGAGGAGGCGGCGGCACGCGCCGCGAGCGCGGGGCUGGGCGGCGGCGGGCGUGUGUCUGUGGCUCCCGCGCGCGAGCUGAUGAACCUGACGACCAAUGUGGACACGCUGCGGUUCAGCCCCGACUCGCAGAUGCUGGCUGUGGCCUCCCGCAUGAAGCGCGACGCGCUGCGCCUGGUGCACCUGCCCUCGCUCACCGUCUUCUCCAACUGGCCCACGGGCCGCUCACCGCUGCACUACGUGCACAGCCUGGACUUCAGCCCGCACUGCGGCCUGCUGGCGGUCGGCAACGCCAAGGGCCGCGCGCUGCUGUACCGCCUGCACCACUACCAGCAGGCAUAGAGCGGGCGCGCGCGCGGCGAGGCAGAGCGCGUGUGCAGCGUUGCGGGGGUAGGGGGUGGGUGGGUGGGUCUGGAUUAAAGAAGGGCGGCCAGGUGCAGGCAAGGAAAGAUGGAUGCAGGUGUAUCAGGACGUAUUGUAGGUGCAGGGCAAAAGGCUUGCUGGUGGAUGCUUUGCAGGGUCCGCGAUUGUGUGAGGUCAGUGUAAGGGGGCCUGCCGCUGGAUUUGUGGCACGGUCGGCGUGGAGGAGUCGUGUGGGGGAAGCACAGACGUCCCUAGUGUAGGUCGUAGCGGCUCAGGAGUAAGUCCGCAGUAGCUGUGAAUGUAGCGACCGCGUAGCGAAGGCCAGGUCAAGGCACUUGUAACGGCUUGACUCC